GCAUGGCCAGCAUAAUGCAUGUGGUAUGAGGCUCAUCAGUGACUGUCAUUGGAUAUACCUAAGCUGUACUAGUGUGACACACACACAGCAGCGUCAGCGCGUGUUCGAGUGAAGCCAUGUAUCGGCGCUCAGUGAUGCAUUCAGCCUUCAGAUCGCCUACCGCUCUUGCGAAAACGAUGAUAGCACAAUACCGAGGUCUUGUACUGAAGGCCAGAACCUUCCUUGCCGCUCACGUAGAAAUGCUCCUUGCUUUGCAAACACUGCUACUUUUGCCCUCUUCUUGUUAUAGGCGUCAUCGACACGGCCAUGCCCGACUCCUGUACGCAGGUACAAGGCUCGGUCCCGUUGAAGCUCAGCGAGGUUUUGAUUUAUCAAUGGGUCGAUAGAAUGUGUGCAAAUAAGUACUACGGUUAAGGCUGUUUUGCAUAACGCCUACCGUGUCAUUCUCAGAGCUUCUGAAGCACGAAGUACCUUCACUCUACUACUCAGCC